AUGGAGCAGUUGUCCCGCUCGUUAGACGAAGACCCAGGAUUCGAUGUCGUUUACAUGGACUUCAAUGAGGCCUUUGGUAGUAUUCCAAACCGCUGUUUCCUCUACAAAGUCCGAGAAUUUGGAGGUAAAGCUGGACCUACUAGACUGGGUAGAGGACUCCUUGACCGGCCAAUCGCACUUUGUGGGCAUUGGCGGUGUGAAAUACUUAGUGCACUGAAGUUGUUAUGUAAGCAGGAGAACUUACUACUUCUGGGUGACUUCAACGCGCCAGGAAUAGACUGGAACAUUUCCCUAACAAACGCUCCGUCCACGUCAUUUGACCACAAGCUACUACAACUCUCCCUGAAUGAAUACCUCAUUCAACACAUAAAAUUCGGAACAUGAAUGAGAGACGGACAACGAUCUAACUGUUUAGAUCUCGUUUUCAGUAAAGAAGAAGGACUCAUAAGGGAAGUGAAUCCACAACCUCCACUCGGUUUAAGCGAUCAUAUUGCUUUUACCUGCGUGUGUUCUCUCCUAUCGAACCAACAAUCAAAAAUCAAGAGGCGCAGGAAUAUUUGGAAGGGUGACUUUAACGCAAUGAGACGCACUCUUUUGGAGGAAACCUGGUUGGUCAACAUAGAAGACUCAGACGAAUUCUGGCAGUACUUUCGCGGGAUUAUAGAGCGUCUAAUUGAUUCCCAUUGUCCAAUAAAAAUGACAAGACCAUGUGCGCGACCGCCGUGGGUCAAUCCGACGACAAAAAGGCCAUGAAGAGGAAACAGAGACUCUGGAAAAAGUAUUUGCAACUUCGAGAUCCAAGGUCAUUCGCCGAAUAUAACGAUCAGCGCAAUAAAUGCCGCAAACAACUACGGGUUGCUAGAACUUCUUUCGAGCGCCGACUGAUAUCAGAAUCCAUUACAUGUCCCAAGAACUUUUACGGGUACAUCCGCAGUAGGAGAAAACAUAGGAACGAAAUUGUGUGUCUAAAGGAUAGCUUCGGAAACUUAUUAGUUGAAGGGCCGCAGAAAGUGCGAUUACUGUCUCAGUUUUUUUAAUCGGUUUUUACGGAGGAGUCCUCAGAAGACAAUCAGCAGUCUGAAAUUGACCGAGACAGCCGGGAGCUUCAAAUGCGCCAAGAUAUUGCCGUCAUUGAAACCGUCGCCUUUUCCGUCGAAGAAGUCAGACGCAUCCUCAGUCAAAUAAAACCUGAUAAGUCUCCUGGACCCGACGGAAUUCCCGGGCUGAUACUUAAGGAGCUAUCAACGGAGCUGUCAAAGCCUCUUUCGACUCUCUUUGAGCUGUCAACGAGAACAGGAAGGCUGCCCUCACAGUGGAAGACAGCUAACCUCGUUCCAUUGCAUAAGGGAGGCAGCGGGAUGACAGCAAGCAGCUUUAGGCCUAUUAGCUUAACUUGCCUCCCUUGCAAAACGAUGGAAGCUAUAGUAAAGAACGCUAUACAGCAAUUGUGUGAAGAAAAUAACAUCUUGCAGGAUUUUUAACAUGGCUUCUGGAGAGGACGUUCCUGCCUCUCAAAUCUGCUAGCUUGUCUGGAGAUCUGGACCAGGGCUCUAGAAGAGGGUUUUGAGGUCGAUGUCGUAUACAUCGAUUCCCGCAAAGCUUUUGGCACUGUCCCGCACCAACGUCUUCUUCACAAAUUAAGAACCAUCGGCAUCCGGGGAGAUCUUCUGAACUGGAUUAGGGCGUUUCUGGUUGGUCGAAAACAACGUGUGUGUAUCGGGGAUGAUAUGUCAGAAUGAGUGAACGUGACCAGUGGUGUGCCGCAAGGCUCAGUUCUGGGACCAUUGCUCUUCAUCCUUUACGUUAACGACGGCCUUCAGGAACUCGACUGCGGCAAAGUAAUGUUUGCAGACGAUAUUAAGCUCUGGCAGGUCAUUAAGGGACCGAAUGAUCAGAGAUCCCUUUAAGAUAAUCUGCACCGACUGCAAGCGUGGUCGAAGAAAUGGCUUCUAGAAUUCAAUGUGGAGAAGUGUGCCGUCCUUCAUCUGCGUCCAACCAACUCUCAUUCAAAUGAGAGCCUGAGGACAUAUCACCUGAAAGAUAUAACGCUCCCCACAGAAUCUUCACAGGAGGAUCUCGGGGUUUGGAUACAUAACCACCUGAAACCAGCACUGCAGUGCCACAAGGCUGCAAAAAAACGUCAUGGGAGUGUUGCAUGCAAGCAAAAGGGCUUUCGUACACUUUGACCAAGACCUUUUUGGGAGAGUUUACGGCACUUUUGUUCGGCCCCACUUAGAAUAUGGCAUACAAGCAUGGCGGCCAUGGCUAGUAAGGGACCAAGCAUGCCUCGAACGAGUACAACGUCGUGCAACAAAGCUGGUAAACGGGCUAAAAAGCCAAUCCUACACAGACAGACUGGAUUGCCUUUAUUUAUUCCCUCUGUGUUACAGGCAGCAAAGAGGUGAUCUUAUCCUCGCCUACAAGAUAAUACAUGGUCUUGAGCAUGGACUUAAAUUUGAGGACAUGUUUCAGUGGCACCUUUCGCCCAAUCCUUGUGGUCACUCGAUGAUGUUACGGACAUCGAUGUCCAGGCUGAAUCUUCGUUCUGAAUUUUUUACGCAGGGGGAAGUGGAGAAAUGGAACGAUCUCCCUCAGUCAGUCGUGGAGGCUACGUCUCUGCAACUCUUCAAGAAACGCUUGGAUGAUUAUUUGUGUCCCCUGUUUUCCCUCGACAGUCUGAAUCUGAACUAAGACCCCACGUCCCCACAAAUAUUUUCUCUGAGACAGUGCUAUACAAAUGAAUCAAGUACUGUUUUAAUAGCGAAUAUUUUUUGUUCGGGUACAGUUAUUUCUAACGAGCUGACAUGUAAUCAAUCGGGUUUUCAAAGGCUUAGCCUAUUAUCCUUGCCAAAUAAGCUGAAUAAUCUGAAAUAAGCUGAAAUCAAUACCAGUGCCAGUUGUGAGUGGAGUACCCAAGGACCCUAUGCCCAGAUCAGUAGCGUUUUCAGUUUAUGUUAAUGACUGUAUGGAUGGAUUGGACUCCAAAGGAGUCAUGUUUGCUGAUGGCAUCAAAUUAUGACGAGCGGUCAAGAAGGCGAAUGAUGGGCGAACCCUGCAAGGUGAAUUCAACCGUCUAUUUGAAUGAUCCGGUAAAUGACAGCUAAAAUUCAACCUUGAAAAGUGUGUCACACUGCGACUCAAAACGAAGGAGGAAAUAAGUCGAGAGAAUAGCGAAUACGUCAAUGGAGGGAGGUUUUUUCAAAUUAAGCCGGACAAAAAGACUGUGGAUCAACAUUUUAUCGUCUCUAAAGUCCUCUUCUGAGUGAGUCUGGGGGUCAAAAUCGUAAACGUUGUCUUCUUCACCAUUAGAUAACUUCAAAAGAUAUGGAUAAACAGCUAUUUGUAUAAUUAUAAGGAGUCUUUAUUCUUUCGCAACGGGAGUGCGAAAUUCAAGCACGGCGUCCCUGUAUGAAAAAGUACUGUAAAUUGCUGAAAAGUGUUCAAAGGAGGGCAAUACAAAUUGUAAAAGGAUUCAAAAUUCUAUCUUACACCUGCAAAAUUGAUGAUUUUAAUCUACUUCCUUUUAGGUACAGGCAGAUCCGAGGAGAUCCCACACAGACCUUCAAGUCUGUGAGGAAUCUGCACUGUGCCUUGCAAUCCGAUGAUUUUUUCUUCUUGGCCACAACAGCAAACCUAAAUGUGCAUUCCCACAAACUUCGAGGAAAAAGAUCCCAUCUAGAUGAUUUGCAGGUACUCGUUUUCCUAACGAGCUGUUGGUCCCUGGAACGAACUUCCCGGGGACGCGAUAAAGGAGUGCUUCAUAAAGGCAUUAAAACAAAGGCCGGAUGUGCAGUUGUUUGAACAAUUCCGCUUAAAUGGACACGAGAGCUCCAUUAUAUGAAACGAGCACUUUGCACGAACAUACCGCUAAUGAAGAUGAUUGUUGUUUCAUAUUUACCACUACAGAACAGAAGGAAAUAGGUUUCUUAUAGCACUGCUUCGGCACUAUCAGCCUCCUUUGAACUCAGGAAAAAUAUUGAAACCAAACUCACCCAUUUCGGCUGCACUUCGACACGUUUGUUUGUUUUAAGCUAAAAAAACCGAGUUCCGAGGCACACUUAUAGUAAAAAUUAGAAAAAAGAACGAUAUACACGAAUAUAGAGAUUUAAAUUUGGAGUUUGGUAGUAUUUGGGACCAUGAAUAGAUCGCCCAUCAUGGAACCUGAAGAAGUUUGACAUAGGCCUGAUACUGAAAAUAUUUUCGACUUGAAUAAAUUUGGGUGUCUGCUAAUUCUCGGUUGUUGGUUCCUUUGGAUGGUUACUUAGACGUGGUAGCAACGGUCGUUUGUCCCCAAGGUGGCCUAGCAUAGUUGCCUGGACUAGCAGCUAGAGGGUGUGCGGUUUGCAGCCUAGCACAUUCACAAACAAUAUGAUGCAAAAGGCGCAUCCCACUGACAACACUUUAGUAGCACGUUUAUUUAGCGCAGUAUAUUGUACGUGCCGAUUUCGAUAGGGUCUUCAAGGCAUUGCUUAUUAUCCUUAAGUAUAUUAAACUAUACUGAAUUACUGAUCUAGAAGAAAGAUAGGGUAAUUUCAUUUGACAGUAUGAUGUCUCCUCUUACAUUCACUAAAAUUUUACAACCAAAGCCGUCUAUAACUACCGUAGGUCCAAUUAAGCCCCCGAACAGUUCUUUCGUCCGCAUAUCGGAUGCCAGUCAACGUCCCACUAUUAAUCCUCUCAGCAGUCCUUUCGUGAAUCGCCCGAGGCAUUUACUCCAUGACAUAGUUCCUGUUUCCCGCCACUUAAGACCAAUAGUUCUCACCUAAUUUAGCCUUACUUCUAUAGUUUCCAUCCUAGAUAUCCCUGCCAAUACCAGCCUCGACUUGCCGCGAGUUGCCGCUGUGGCUGGAGGAGGCUGUGACGAGGCCAGACGUGGCUGUCUGACGUGGCUUCGACGUGGUAUUCGACACGACAGCUAGGUUUGGCCUCACCAUCCGAAAAAGUGCGCUCCCCACUCCCCGUUCGUUCCAUCCCUUUAUGGCCUAGGUUUUGUAGCCGCAAGUACACUCGUUUCAAAAUAUUGGCCAUCGCGGUAUCCUUAAAUAAAUCGUCAAAUCAUCCCAGCCUCAACGAGGGCAAACCAGCGACAAUCAGCCCCGGUAAGUGUAAAACCGGUUGACCAAGAUAGCGCAUACUCUGUCAUAUGACAAAGUAAAGUGGAGAGACAGUGGUUAGAAACAGAAGUUUAUUGAGCAUGUGCAGGUGAAAUAAAUCAGCGCGAAAAAUACAUAUAAGGAUGCAACUCUUCACGGGGCAUUAAAAGACUUCUGCGCCAAUAAAGUGACCACUUCCAUUGGCUAUUUGAGGUUCCUGAAAAUGUCUGUGGUAAAACAUACGUAAUCCUGUGGUAAUUGAAGUAAUUAAUACAGUUGACGGCAUGUCAAAAUAAUGCUUCCAUCGGGAGGGGGGCGAAUGGCGAUCAAACGUUUUCAGUAGUGAGUUCGUCUGCCCAUUCUCAGACACUGGAAAGUCAUGCACACAGCUCUAUGUACAUGGCCCACACUGACCGAAUGUAGAGAUGCAUCAGAUUGGCAUUGCAGUGUAACUAGUGUCGCCUUCGUCCUAGUUGAUUGCGGAGAUAAUUGGCGGUCGCGGUGGCCUCAUGCUAUCAUUGUCUCCAGUGAACAAAAUUCAUAAGACGAAAUAGGGAAAGGCUAAUUAAUGCAUUUUUUGAUUGAGCCGUUGGUGAACAUCCAGGCGUUUUUGUACCCGCCCUAACAAGUACUCUUUGCAUAGGCCUACAAUCUCAUGGCAGGUACAAGGAAGCUCAGAUGUCCUCAGAUGCAUUAAUUCGCCUGCCCCAAGUUGGUUUUACGAACCAACUUAGAGACAAUGACGGCGUGAAGUAAUAAGGGCAGCAACUUAUCACAGUGGUCAACGAGGGUGGGCUCGACACUGGUCACAGUGAAAUGCGGGUCCAGCGCAGCCCAGCUGCCGGUCAAUAGGGACUAGGCAAAGUAAAUGUACGUCACACUUUCCAAUCCCCGAAGAUGGAUAGGCGGAUUUACUACUACUGGGAACCUCAGAGUAAACCUCUCGUAGGGAAUUAGCAGCGUAUAGUAUAGACAUUUUAAUAAUAUUAUGAGAGAAGGAAAUAUCACGAAGUAUGUUAGGAGCAAUUCUUCAGUUAACUAACCGCAUAUUUCGAAGGCAAAGUUGUGGACAUGCGACGCCAUCGGCGGUACCUUGAUAACGAACACAUGUAGGCAAUAAUCCAAAGCAAAAUUUCGUACGGUAUGGAUGCUGCGCCUGCGUUACCACCGCCCUCCAUACCGGUUCUUCGGCUCAUGGAACCAAUUAAUCGCCGUUUGUCAUACUACCUUAUUGUCUUAAUUAGCAAAAGGGGGAUUUUGGCCAAUGGAAUCUGUACGCGGCAAUAAACAAAAAUGUAACUUACCGGUGCGAUUACCAAACAAUGCUUAGGCAAAGAAAGAUCGCUUUUCCUUCGAUUCGCAUCUCAAGCAAGUGUGGCACAGCGACGCACAGCUUAGGACGGUCAGGAGAUUUCUGACGAACUCGUUCUCAUUUCGCCCCCUACCACGGCCAGUUGUUUGAUUUGAAAGUAGUUUUACAAAUAUGUACACACCGCCUCAUCUCCCAACUCCAUCUGGGUAAUUAGCCUGCGAACGAAGUCCUUGUAGGCCUUAACUGUGCACAGUGGCAAAUGCAGGUGUGAUGGUCUGACGUCAACAGCAGUGGCACCCCUAUUUAAUGUACUGACAACAUUUUUCAUUGUUGUUUGCAGUUGCUGUAUACUGUUGCUUAGGGCGACCAUUAACUCAGCCAGGUAGUCGACUAUUUCCUAAUAGAUUGUCAUGAAAAUUUUUAAUGCUCUUUCUCAAGGGACGCUGACCAAGCCUUCUCGUUAGUCGUGUCUGUCUGCGCCUGCUGGUAAAAUACUGGUAGGGUAGCUGGCACCGGCAGAGGCGCCCGCAGUUCCGUAGACAGUCUUGAGUAAUAAGGAAUAAAACGCUGUUUCCGGUAUGAAGUCGAUGGCAAAGGUUGGCUCGACAGACUCGACUGAGAGAAGAUGUGCGACAUCUGUUCGUCUGCACUUGGCCUACGAAUUACUGGGAAUAAAUAUGUUUUCUGCAGUAUUCUGGAUGGUGUGGGCCAACCAAAUAGAUGCUUCAGGCGACACAGUGGAUCGCCAUCAUCAGCUGAGUCUGACGCCUGACUGUUAACAUAUUUGCGAAGACAUGUUAAUUGUACGGGACAUGUACUUUCUCCUUAUGCCCAUGCCCGAUUCGUCCGGCUCUGAGCUAGAGAGGUUGUCCGUCAGCUCUGCGUCUCAUACCAGCUGUCCUGCAUUCAGCAGCGUCGGGUUAAUUUUCAGCGCCUUCACUGCGUUCACCUUGGCGCCCUCUGAUCGCUGCUUGUUACUAUGCAACAGAACAGCCUGCUGUUUGUUGUUCUUGGGUCAGAGAAGGCUACUGACGUCGUCAUACCAGGCUGCAUCCACCAUAGUCACAGUUUUGUCAUUUACUAAUUCAUCAAUGGAAUACGUCCACAGGGGAUUUAAUAUCCUAAGAUGGACAUUGCAAACAAGGAUCACGGUGCACGGACAGAGUGUUAUAAGGGAAUCAGAAAAAGCAGACUGUCAGUGUUAAAGGAAGCGCAUUAACAAAUGACGUCUAAGAGGGCAGCAGUUGAACGAAUCUCUGCCAAAAGGAGGCUUAAAACAUAUAUUGGGAGGAAGAGGGAAGAGAUGUUGUAAAAAGGUUCUCAAAGUCUAGGAAAAGGCAGUACGUUAUGCCGAUAGCCGACACGGAUGUCAGUAGGCGCGGUCUAUGUCCGAUAACCACUGCAUAGUCGGAUGGUGCAGUUGACAGAAAGAACUCUCUGCAGAAACUGGCGGUGGAUCCAUGAGGUAGUUUAGAUGACCGCGCCACUCCCCCGUCAUCGUCCAACCGCAUAGAGCAUGUCGGCAAAACAGGUAAACGUCUUUCAGAAAAGCACUUUGUAAACCUGCGCGACCACCUUAGUUGGCCCUUUUAUACUGUUAUGGACACCAUGUAAGAGGGACUCAAGAAGAAAUGGCGAAUAGUCAUCCAGCACUCCAAAACAAGUUACAUCGUCAUGCAGGUGAAGCAGACAAUGAACAUUGUAAACAGUAUCAGUAGGACCAUACCAACAGGAAAAUCUACAACAAAGCUAUUCACCAGAACGAGGCCGUAUUUUCCGCAAGAUAUUUGCGAUGUGGAGUGGCAAAAUAUGUGCUCUGCCAGAGAAAAUUAUAAAAUGUGUCGAUAGCGGUCUUUGCGGAAAGGGGAGGGCAAAACAACAGGGCCGAUAUAUAAUAGAAGUACACUUUAUUCUACAGCCCAAUCGGUUUUCUACCACUUAAUCCUUUAAGCCUCUCGCGCCCCCUCACCAGCCUCUGUCUUUGCCCUAGCCUACCUUCUUUCCCAGUUGGCUACCUUACCUGCAAUAGCCCCGAAAACCCACUCGAACCCCGCGGAUCUUGGGGUGAUUAUUAAUGAGGCUUUGACAAGGCUUACGAGGUUUUUAACACCCUAGCUGCUCUGGCGUUAGUUGGUCUAUUAAUGCAGAUACGGGCGUUUUGCAAAGAGUUCAUUUUAUUGAAGGAAAUAGGCGUAAGCCUUUGAGUACUUUAGUUACGACGUAAAACUGGGUACGGUGCGCAGAGAAAUUAUUAGGGCUGAAAUAAUUUAAACCAGCCCAUAAUGACAUGACAAAAUAGGUGUGAGUCUCAGGGGAUGAUGUCGAUCGCUCAUUGCUCUUGCUGAUUUCGGAAUAUAAAUAUAUCAAGGUAGUUUUUGAAGUUUUGCAUCUAGGGGAGCAUCAAAACUUCUGCGAGGAGGGAAUUUCAUGGCUUGACCGCUCGGACAGUGUAGGAAAACUUCCGCACAUCCAGUCUUGCCUGCUGAAUACGUACUUUUAGCGGGUGACCUCGGAGAUCGGUCGUGGUAGCGAAUUCGAAAAAGCCCUCAAAGGCCAGGCUGAUGUCCUAUGCGGAAUGCUUGUAAGAGUUCCCUGCGAAGAUACCUAUAACGCAACGGGAGGCGGUUCAGAUUUACUAGGCUGGUUGCAUAAGCAAAGGAGCUUUGAACCCUAACCAUCUUCGUGGCUCUCUCUCCUGAAUUAUUUCGAGGUACUUUUGGUCUGGAACUGCCCACGGUCUCCAGGCUUGUAAGUUAUAUUUCGAGUGAGGCCGCACGAAUGUUCCGAAAGUCAUUGAGAAGGCAUUUUCGUCGAAAUCCAUAAAUGCACGCCUGAUGGCGAACAUUAUGGACAUUGCGCUUUUUACCACUUUCGAACCACGAGGCGAUGGUUUUACAGAGUCUGUCGUCAACACCGAGGUCCUUUUGGGAUUCGACCUCUUGUUAUUCUGCACCACCCAGAAAGUAGUCUCUUGAGCUGGCGGAUCUGGCUGUGUUGCCUAGGUGAAGUAUGCUACACUUACCAACGUUAAAUCGCAGGAACCAAUGAUAUGACCACUCUUCGAACCGAUUUAGGUUAAUUAAAAGUCUGUCUUCGUCGGCAGACCUCCGAGCGGUAAUGCAGAAAACUGAUUCAGAACGCCGAAUUGAGUAAUUUGUCGACUAAGAGAAGGGGACAAUGGACAUGAUAAACGACGUCAACACUAUGGGAAAAUCGGAAAUAAAUUAUUUAGCACAAUUCGGGAAAAAUCACGCGGGGUAGGUACAAAGUUGACUAAGGAAAUAUAUAAACAGCAACGGAGAACAAUAAAAUGGGAUUAUAACUGGAGCAAUAGAGAAAAGGAGCUAAAACCGCAGGACCUAUGUGCAGUAAAAUCACCGGUAUUCGGCGGCCUUCCAAAAUUCAAGGCAGUCAAGAUGUCUGCACUUGUGUGAAAAUGCGGCAAGCAAGAAUUGCCUACAUUUCUUCAUAAAGGCGUCAAGUUGGACAAAUGGCUUAUUGGGUCCCAGUCGCCACAAAUGCAGAAACUUCCGCAUAACACCCAGACAGACAAAGUGCAUAUAAUCGAUUGGAAAAGAAGCAACCACAUCAAGGGGCAAGUCCUCGGACGGUAAUCUGCACUUAUGUUGCAGUGCCUGACUUUGCAAUUUGAAUAAACUGUCGGUCCGCAAGAGCCUACUGUUCGACUGUCAUCCAGCUGGCAAUACAGAUGCCCACGCAACAACACCUGAAGAAAUUGAUAUUGCCUUUGCGAUAUAACAUUCCUGUCGCAUCCGUAAUAUCAGCUUUCCCCUAUCUGACAUAAGACCGCAUGGGCGUGUAAGAGACAAACCCACUAGUUGGGCACAGCGAGUAGGCUAUCCAGGAUACGAAAAUAGCAGUGUCCCAACAGUUACAAACUAGUAAAUAAGAACAAAGUCGUCGACAGGUAAAAGUGCACGUGCGUGUUGUUUGUCUUAUUCCAAGUUGUCUCGAAGCGUAUUGUAACUGAUUAAAACAAAACAGACUUAAAUGUCACUACAGGCGUGUCGCACGCGAUAUUAUCCCGAACAACACUGACGAGAUCAUCCUAUGGUGAAAGACGCAGCUCACUGGUUAUAAGGUCCUUCAGUUCAGUCACGCAGUCGUCCUGGAUGUCAUAUAAGGGGGGACUUGCCAGAACAAUACAACGACAAAGAAGGGGUGUUCAACAAUCUGACAACUAAUAAACCAAGUACGGGCCACAGAAAUUGACGGGAACCAUUAAAAUCUUCAUCUCGUCAGUGUUCAAUUGAACGUUUAUUUCCCGAAGUUUCGCUGCCGACCGACGGUGCAGCUCGCCGAGCAGACCUCGUCCAUAACCCAAGUGGACAUAGCAUCCGUUCUUUUGAGGCUCGCUUAUGACUGAAAGUGGGGUUUUCAACUGCGUGCGCGGGUCCGUGGGCACCUCUGGAUUGUAGGAGCACAACAUAUUUAACAGCUUCAUCGUUACGAACAGUGGCAGUUGCGCAUAAAGACAUAGUUCUUGCAAAUCUGCUAGAAGACAGUUGUCUCAAGACAGCGUUUGUGCUUCGCGCCUCCCCACAUAACUCCGUCGUCAUUAUUUGGUUACACAGGUAAAAACCUACCCGUAGGAACUGCUGAACUCAAUAUAUUCAUUUGCCUUUCUGACGAUUGACCUUCUACCAUGGGUGAUGUUGAUGGCACCGAGCAUUCAAGUUCGGAAACGGUGGCGUAGUAUGCAUGCAUGUCCCGCUUAAUUCGCUUAUAUAUAUAGCUCCGGGAGUAUCCAUAGCAGUUACGCUUCAUAUUUACUUUCCGUGGGCUGCAAAAUUGUAUAGGUUGGGUAGGCGUGAAACAUCAACAGUCAGUCCGCUUGGUGAGAUGCCGUUAAGUUAAUGAAAAUAAUCGGUCCCCAUGUAUUUUAAAAUUAGCAAGUCAUAACCAAAAUCAUCGUCUGUAAACACAAAACGCGUCGAAAGGAUUUGGCUUAACGUACCUCUGUUGCAAACACUUCUCGGCACAAUUACAAAGCUGGAGAACGCAGGUCGGUCAGCACGUAAGCGUUCUCCACGUGAUCCACUUAAACAAAGCAAAGCAUUUAUUUGGCAAUGGGUAGGUCACUCAUAUACGCUUCAGCAACAAAUAUUCUUUUUAAUUAAAUCUAAAUAGUAUAUUUUUGUGGCAAAGUAGCCUCAUUUACGCGGUAUAUUUCCUUUCAAAUAUUAAUGAAGUGUGUGUUAAUUCGUGAUAGGGGCAUAGCCCUGACUAGCCUCCUAUCAGCCACCCCACCCACGCUACUGAGAGGCCGCGUGCUGACAAGCAUAUCCCUGCUCUUAAUUUCAUUAUAUUCAAACAUCUGAAAACUAUAUCCCUACAUCUUUUGAGUUCCCCCACAGCAUUUCCUUGCUGAUCCUCCAUAUGGAAGCAUUGGCACUUAUUCGUCAAAUAACAGUAAUAUUAUGAUGGCAUGCUCACGCCAAUUUCCCUUAAUACACUAAAAUGAACUGAAAAGCAAUCGGUGACUGGAUGCUAGUGCUAGACCAUCAGCUCCUAAGUAAAACGAAAAUGUUCGUUUCCUUCCUUGCUCCAUUCCUUCCAUUCUCUCUUCCUUUCCUUAGAUUCCUCCUCUCGAAUAAUUAGGCCUCCUUGACCCAACGUCCUUUAGUGUGCCCGUCAUAUGCGCGCGCAAAAGGAAACCGGCGAGUCAAAUGUUUGAGCACGGAGAGCUGUGUAAGGACCAGACGAUCGACCUACUUUUUUGCCUUCUGAAGAGCGACUGCUGUCAGAAAGUAUGUUUUUUGUAUGUAUCAUUGCGCCAGUUGAGAAAGACCCCACGCGAGUGCUUGGAGAAAGACUACUUCCCCGCCGAGUGUGCGGUUGUGAGACACAACUUCGAUCGCUGUAGAGCGGAAAUUGUAAGAAUUAAGAAUUGCAAUCUAUCUUGCUAGCUGGACAAACGUACUAGACUGCGAGGGAGGCGUUUCGAAGACUCAGAUUAACAAUGGCCGUAUUCGUUACGGUGGGUACCACGUCUUUUGAUGAAUUAAUUGAGAAAGUGAAUUCCUUUGCAUUUCACUCCGCCAUUAUGCGUCUGGGUUAUGAUACGUUGUUCGUACAAUACGGUAACGGUUCUAUCGAGCCUUCCACCGACUCCCUGGAUCCCAGCAAUGCGGAUUUUUUGGAGUGCAGACAGUCAAAUUCAAUACUGAAAGUGCACGCUUUUCGAUACCAUGAUAAUCUUGGCGAAUUUUUCUCCCGUUGUGAGCUUGUAAUCAGCCAUGGCGGUGCUGGCACCUGUCUUGAGUCUCUUACACCCCCUGGAAGACGGAAGCUCGUUAUUGUCAUAAAUGAGGCCCUCAUGCACAACCACCAGUUGGAAUUGGCCGCUGCCUUAUACAUGCGCAAACACGCCUUUGUCACAAGGCCCAGCGAUCUCAUCAGUUUCUUAAUGACAGGCCAGCAGCGCAUAUUCCCCGAGUUACCGGUAAGCCAAGGAGCCACACGCCCGUUUUCUUCCUUUCUAUUUUGCCCUUGAACGCCACCGCAUUUGACCAAAAGACCACCUGAUUGUAUAGACUCAGCGCAGCUUCUAAAUCCUAGCUAUUUUGUUUCGUACAAGCAAUUGACUCCAGUGCGAGUUCGUGGACGUGUUUCCUAUCAUAUCUUAGAAGUGCUGCUACAGUAUUCGAAAUUACCCGAUGUCCAUAAUCUACAAACACCUACUCUCUAAGGUGUGCAUAACUACAUUUUUUGCGCAUACAUAACUGCUUCGGCCUCCUUAGUAUCGCAAAUUUAUUGCACCACCAAUGAUCAUGUUUUACUGCAGUUGGUUUGAUGCCCAGGAGCUUACAUAAUCAGAUAUUCAGGAACAUGUGCAAGUUGGGAUUCCUGUCCGUCUUAUCGACCCUCAGGUGACAUCCAACCCUCAAAAAGCGAUUAAUGGUCGCCAUGUCACGAUGUUGACAUGCAGUCCACGGCAUUGUAUGCAAUAGGCCAGGAAUCGACUCAUCCCCCUGUUGACGCUACUACUUGCCUGCAGCCGUCGUUUCUCCAGAUACAAGUCUACUUAUUACCCAGCUGGCUCUUGUUGAAGAUUCUUUGCUCUAAUCACCAUAGAAUCUGCGCAUUUCGCAGCUUAAUCGAUAGGCAGGCACCAACUUCCAAGUGACCGGGCAAGACAUUUCUGUUUGCCAGCAGGCUUUUCAGUAAAGUCGUUUUUGUGAUUGGGAGAUGCAAACACCGUCUACUGUUCUUCCGUCAGCGUUUUUAAGGGCGAAUAUUGUUCUUGCGCGUGCUCGUCUUCCUUCUAGAAGACGGACCCACCUGUUAACUUAGCCAGCUAUCGGGUGUGUUCAUGGCUGGCGAAUGGUGGGACGGCCGAUAGUAAAGGUUAACCAUGCACCAAAUAGGCUCUUGGACCUUUUGAAUAAGCAGUCUCGGGCCAACCACGACAACAGUGCUACCAGGCCGCAGACAGCCAAAGUCCAACACUCAGACCGCCUAAUGAAAUAGCACAAAACCCAAUUAGCGUACUGUGAUAUGGUUACCGCGAACUGCCAUUAAAUAAGUUUGUCGCCGCUACCUAACAAUUGGUUUGGAGAGACAACCUCGAACAAAUGGUCGCAACGGUCUUCGAGGUCUCGCCUGUAUUCAACGUCUAUUAGAAACCUUGUGGACAUGUUUAGUCCAAGUAUUAUCCCUCAUCCAAUGACGUCCGUGGAAACCGAGGCGCGCAACGACUCUGGUCCCGUGGUUUAGACGAAUAAUGUGCAGGCUGGACUACUUAGUCGAGAAUGGGUCCCUAAUAUUGGAUUAUGGAGUUUACAAACGUUCCUGUACUCCGAUACACAGUCUGAUGCUGAACAGUCUUCACCAGCACAGCAGGGAUGUAUGCUACCUCUCCGAUGUCAACUUUAUCGUAGCGGUCAGCCUGGCCCUUAAGGUAGACACAAUUUGCCGAUCAUCCUCGCAUCAGGGGAAUCAUGCAUUGCUUACGUAGGGGACCAGUCAGUGAUCGAUUGGUUUACGUACAACGGAAGGUGUCCUCUUCUAACAUCUGCCGUGUCCGUUCAUCGUCAGACCUCAUAUGCCAACCAGCACAAUAAGGAGCCCUUGCGCUGCUUGAAAGACUCUCUUGCCGUGUUUGAGGGACAGUAAUGGCCGGACUGUAAUCUCGGUUCUCUGUGUGGCAGUUUUGAAAUAACGUUGAGCUUUACUGGCCAGAAUCAACUGGUUAUUACUAACACGGGCUUUCAGCAUCACUACAAACAUUCGUCAACCUGGUAUUUGAAAGCUGAUCCUACGGCCAUUGAGAAUGACUUCAUUUUGGUCUUCUCAAGGCUCCAUGGCUAAGUUCAUGGUAGCAAAUCUAUUCACGGUGCCGAAACUGCAACGUAUAUGCGUUAGACCAUGUCCUCGUUCGCUCUAGAAGUUUGCUCUCCAUCCGCUCCAAUGCUAUCUCAUGCAAAAAUCUUCGGGGUCACAAAACCACGAUGACCAAAACUUUGAACCCGCAAAUUCAGCCUCGCUUUGCAGUCAGAGUGGAAGUGGUCAUCCUUAAAUUUUUCAGUCCACCAGUCGGCCGAAAGAAUUCACCAAUUCCAUUAUUAUUAUUCCAGUAGUGCUGCAGUGGCUGGAUCAACUCAGGUAACUUGAGUUUAUUCGGCCUAGUGAAUGUGUCAAUCAACUUGCGUCCACCUCAGCCUCUCUUGCACAUGUUUUCGGCUCCUGAAGAAGGCAUCCUGGUGUAGUCUGUCCUCGCACAGGCAACCUAAUCCAUCCAUCAUCAUUGAGGUGGUCUUUGUGCUGUCGGCGUCCGAAUCUAUGAACUGCCAAGAGGGCGGCAUGGAUAUCAUCCUGUAGCUCCUUUCAUUUGAUUUCAACAGUAUUCUCCUCCUGGACUCUUCUCUGCCUCGCAUUGGUGUUCAUUCUGUUGGUGAGAUUCAGCCUGUUUUCAACUACAUGCACUACUGUGGUUGUAAACUUACUCGGUCCUUCCUUGCCUUGGAGCUGACUGCGGAGUUGAAAUUUCAUACUUAUUUCCAGGCCGGCAUUGCGUUGAUCACGUCUUUUGUUUAAAACUCAAUCAAUCGGAUACCGCAGGUGCUAGCCAGGAUGUAUCUUCAUUGUUUUCAUCCGGUUUUAAGGGCGAACGACGCCGUUGACAAGAAAGUAGUGUUGUCUGACUGCAUGUGACCAAAGGGGUCCGUUGCUAUUACAGCUGGCUAGUCCGCUUCCAUCUAGCACUACCCUCCAAGUAACAUGAGUUGUGCCUAUUUGGACACAGAAGUUAUGAAGACCAGCCAAUUUACUCGCCGAGAGGGCGUGCUGAAUUUGCCCUUUAGGUCUUCAUGACUUGCCACUGUAGGCGCACGAGCGCCAUCUCUGGUAAUGACUUCCACUCCGCGGAAUGUGCGCCUAAUUGUCAUUAGGCGAUCGUUUAAUCUCCGUGCGAGGGUGGACGAGUCACUUCACUAUGUGGGGGAUGGUCGAGACUGUCCCAGCAUUUCCUUGCGCCUUCUUUGGACGUUUGCAUUAAAGGAUGGUGUACCUCGCACCUACCUUGUUUAGUUCCCCAUGUUCGGGUAGGCUGGGUUCUCUAAAAGCCGUAAUGCACAACUUGUAUGGAGAGAACUCGCAGAUGACGGGGUGAUCCUUCUGUUCGGUUGGGAAAAGAGACGGGUCUGCAGUCACAUUAUGUAAAAGGCUUCAUAAAGGCCCUGCUGGAAAAUGGCCUUUUAAGUCUGACUCACAGGUCCGAGUAUAACCGGAGCAUCCUGUCAGUUUGCAAUUCCUCAAGCGACGACUGUUAGUUCGGACCAGCUGAAGGGCCCGUUUAAUUGUUUAUAAUGAGGAACCUAGGAGCUGGCUUGACUUCUGUAACUUUCCGUUCCCAUGUAAAUGGCUUAAAUGAAUAAAGCCGACCCUUGAUGAGAUUGGGUGCACUGGCUGCCAUUACAUUAAGUCGUCGUUUAUUAGUGCACAUGUUGUCCACUCAUUCCACACUGACUGAAUUUAUGGGAACUCAGAUCUCGCAUAACGUGUACAUAAACCUACUUCUAUCAACUACUUCACCCAUCAUUGCGACGUCGACAUGUGACUUCGUAUGAUUGCUACAUAAAUAGUGUGCCGCUCUGUUUGUCUUGGACGUUUAUACGCACAUGGUCAGAUGCGCCCAUACACCGAGUGUAUGUUGAUAGUGUGAUGGUCCGUGCCUCCACCUCCCGUCGUCUUGAUCUUUCUUCUCAUCGGACCAAGGUAUGUUAGGGGUGAAGGAGAGAACGGUAGAUGCUGCGCUGCCCUGCUUCACAUUGAAUAAAUAAACGUGCAAGCCACCCUUGCCGGGCCCACUCUGCAAAGUACGCGGUUGCCGCCGUCGCUUACGACGAUUCAACUAUCGCUGUAAAAAGCUCCAACUGUGCUGUAUGAUUGGAUGGGUCAGUGCGAUGGUUGAGUGUUCUUGGACAACCUGGGCAGAUAAGGUGGACAUGACGGACCUUAUCCGGGAUCCCGGAGCGCAUUCUCCCAGAUUAGAAUGCAGUCACGGACGGCCGACCAGGCAGAUGCGCGCUUCGAAUGUGCCUUUUGACACCAUGUGUGGUUUCUUUUGUGUCCCGACGACGCUUCUGUUUUGCUGAGUAUGAUGCCAGCUAUAGAGAUUUGCAACUGGAACGUAAUUGCGUUGAAUACCGAUGGCGCAAUACCGCCAAUGAUGAUGGUGGAAAUAUUUUAUGGCAGUCGCUUUGACAUCACGGUGGAUCCGAUGAUGUCUAUACGACUUAAUCCAUUCCCGUAACGUCAUUAGAUAAUUAAGGCGUUAGGCAGCAGUUUACGAUGACGUCUUACGUGCACCAGUCGUCGUCUUGACCUCAAAACCGCUGCUCCACUUUUUACGGCAAUAUGCCAAGCUUUUCGGCCGUGCGUCAGGUCUCCUGGUGGAUUUUUAGGUGCCCGAGCGCAGUCUUUAAAAUUUCCUUGUGUCACAGCCCUUGCCCACCUUCUCAGCGAGCACCCACAAUGACCACCUUGGAAUAGUCGCAUAGCCAGCCAUCCUCACCAAGUGGACAUUCCACCGCGGUUAGACCUGCCAUAUAGGCGUUGCACGACCGACAUUACCAGGACCUGCGCGUUUGGGACCCUUCAUCCUUGGUCUUCUCCAGGAUCUGUGUUCCAAAUUUCUUGCCCGUUUACGUCUUCGUCCAGCCAGAAAAUGUUAUUGGGACGACAGCCCAGUACACCCCCUCAGUUUUGUCAUUGACUUUGCAAAUUCGGGUUGUGGUUUAGACCCAUUGAUUUUGCAGUUUCAUUAUGUAGUGCUUGCCAUAAACGCGAAUUUGCUCACGCCCAUGAAGUGAUUUCCACUGGCACUUACCAUGAGUUCCUUGUACUCCUCAGUUGGCUCUGGUUAGUACCUCUCACCGGUUGUCAAUAUGAAUUCGAACUAACUGAAGACAAUGAGGUCAAUGCCCCGCAGUAUGUCCAUUUCGGUUGUCUUGCUUACUGCACAAUCGCCCUAGAGUAAGAGGUCGUGACUACUUGCAUCUAUCAGCAUUCAACACUUAACAUGUUUUCUAUAGCAGUCCUUUCAAAAAGAGUUUCUCCUUUCAGAAAGAGCUUUCAGCCGACGUUGA